AUGUCGCUGCUCUCCUUCAAUGACAUCAAGGCCUGGGUCAAGGUCUCCGGCGCCGAACCAGGCGCCGUCUCGGACUCAGCCAAGUCCAUCAAGACCAUCCUGCGCUCGGUCUCGGGCACGGUAGCUGCCGGCGAGCUGACCAUGCUAAUGGGCGCGUCGGGCGCCGGCAAAACAACCCUGCUGAACGUGCUCUCCUCGCGCGCCGCGGGCGUCUCAUCGUCAGGCACUGUCCGCCUCGACGGUGCGGUCUACGAUCAUGAUGCCUUCAUGGCGUCGACAGCUUACGUGACCCAGGACGCCACCUUUAUCGACACCAUGACGUCCGACGACAUUCUUUGGUUCCGCGCCCGCCUUCAGCUGCCAUCCUCGCUCUCCGAUGAAGAUCGCCGCGCUCGCAUCGAUGACGUGCUUGAGCUCAUGGAUCUAACCGCAGUGCGCGGAGUCCAGAUUGGCGUGCCCGGCGUGACCGCCAACGGCCUCACCUUUGCCCAACGCAAACGGCUCAACAUUGCGGCUUCACUCCUCAUCAACCCCUCGGUCCUGUUUGUCGACGAGCCGACGACCGGCCUCGAUGCCCGCGCCGCCCGGACUGUGAUUGAGGCCCUCCGCCGGGUUGUCGAGACCCGCGGCAUCAUCGUCUUUGCCACCAUCCACCAGCCCUCGGUCUACGUCUUCAAUCUGUUCGACACUGUCCUCCUCAUGGCGGCCGGCCUCAUCGUGUACUCGGGCCCUACCCACGACAUGCUUACAUACUUUGCCGACAUGGGCCACACCUGCCCGCGCCUCAAGAAUCCAGCCGACUUUGUCAUCGAGCUCAUGGCCGACGCCUCGCCCAAGAAUGCCGCCGCCUUUGCUGCCUUUGCCGACUCACGGGCUGCCUUGUCAUCGUCGUCGUCAUCGUCGUCGUCAUCGUCGACCACAACGCCGGCCAUCACAUCCUCGCGCGAGGCUAGUUCAGCACCGGCUGCGCCACUCGCCGUCAUUGCGCCAGCAGAUCGCGCAUCGUGGGCCCGUCAAGCAUGGGAGUUGACCAAGCGUGCGGUCAAGAUCUCGCUCCGUAACGAGUCUGCCGUCAAGUCCAACGUCGCGCAGUCAGUCUUCUUUGGCCUUCUCCUCGGCCUCCUCUACAAUCUCGAUGCAUCCCAGGCCGGAGCGCUAGAUCGGGCGGGCCUUCUCUUCCUCACAGUCACGAACGCGAUCUUUAUCUCUGUUCAGGCCUCGGUCUUUGUUUUCAUGUCCGAGCGCUCUGCGCUCUUCCGCGAGACAGCCGAUGGUAUCUAUGGGCCGGCAACGUACCUGUUCUGCCGGGUACUUGCCGACAUCCCGUUCCAGUUCCUCUACCAGCUCCUCUUUGCGCUCCCACUCUACCCGCUUGCCGGUCUCAAGGCUGAAUGGGGUACCGCUGCGCUGUUCGUCCUCAUCCACGGUGUGACGGCCGUCGUUGGAUCGGUGAUGGGCGUGACAGUCUCAGCGUUUACCUCGGAGGCUGCGGUUGCCAACGCCAUUGCGCCGCUCCUGCUCAUGCCGGCGAUGAUGGUCUCGGGCUUCCUAAUUGUGCCAAAGAACAUUCCGGCAUGGCUUCGUUGGCUCCGGUUCAUCUCGCCGCUCCGCUACGGCUUUGGCGCACUCCUCCUCGCCGAGGUCGAGGACAUGACCUUCCGCUGCUCGCCAUCAGAGGCGCUGUCCGACGGCUCGUGCGCUAUCAACUCAGGCGAGGACAUGCUUGCCACGUACCAGAUCAAGGAGCAUGGGUUUGGGACCGUGGCUUCCCAGAUCUCCAUCCUCUUUGUCUUUUUCGUCGUCCUCCUCGGCCUCGCCCUCGCCGCCAUCGUCUCGACGGUGCGGCGGAAGCAGGCACCCAAGUCGUAA